UCCAUCCAAAAAAGGGGGAGAAAGGAGGCUGGCUUGAUGACUCUAUGGGCUGGAAGUCCCGACUCAGUUCACAGUGGCACACGGUGGUGGAGGAGCAGAGGCUGGAUGUCCACAGCGAGGACCACAGAGAAAUACUGUAAUAAUCCCUGAAUGUGAUGAACAUAUAAAACCAAUAAUCUGCAGGAUAAUCCGGCGCACAGAGGGAGGCAACACUCUUGGAAUUUGGAAUUAAUUUCAUAUUUCUAUUCAAAAGGUGUGUCAAACAAAAAUGCAGCCCUGUUGUUCUUUCUUGCUGUUACUAUGCGUGGCCCAGCUGCUCUCUCCCUCCACUGCCCUGCCCUUCGAGCAGAAAGGGUUCUGGGAUUUUGCCUUGGACAGUCUGGACAGUAUUGACAUGAUGGCCAUGAUGAAGGAUGAGGAAGAGGGCUCGGCCAUCGAAGAGGUGCCACCGCCUGAUAUGCCCGUAUGCCCCUUCGGCUGCCACUGUCGACUCAGAGUGGUCCAGUGUUCUGACCUCGGUCUGACUGAGGUGCCAAGUAAAAUUCCUCCUGACACCAGGUUCCUGGACCUUCAGAAUAACCAUAUCACCGAGCUUAGAGAGGAUGACUUCAAGGGUCUCACCAAUUUAUAUGGCUUAUCUUUGAGGAACAACUACAUCUCCAGAGUCCACCCCAAGGCCUUUGUCCCUCUUAAGAGCAUGCAGAAGCUCUACUUCUCCAAGAAUCUUCUGACCACUAUCCCCAAAAACCUGCCGGCCUCCUUGGUGGAAAUCAGGAUCCAUGAGAACCUCAUCAGGAAGGUGCCAGCUGGUGCCUUCUCAGGACUGGUCAACAUGAACUGCAUAGAAAUGGGAGCAAACCCCAUCCAGAACAGUGGUUUCGAGCCCGGUGCCUUCAAAGGACUCAAACUGAACUAUUUGCGCAUAUCAGACAGCAGACUGACUGGAGUGCCCAAAGAUCUCCCUGAGAGUCUCCAUGAGCUUCAUCUUGACCACAAUGAGAUCCAGGCCGUGGAACUUGAGGACCUCAAACGCUAUAAGAACCUGUUCAGGUUGGGUCUUAGUUUUAACCACAUCCGCAACAUUGAGAGCGGAAGUCUUGCCUUUGUGCCAAGGCUGAGAGAGCUACACCUGGACAACAACCUUCUCUCCAGUGUUCCCAAGGGCCUCCCAGAGAUGAAAUACUUACAGGUUGUGUACCUCCACUCCAACAACAUCGGCAAAGUGAAGAUGGAUGACUUCUGCCCUAAGGGAUUAGGAACAAAGAGGGCUUUCUACAACGGCAUCAGCCUCUUCGCAAACCCUGUCAACUACUGGGAGGUGCAGCCUGCAACAUUCCGCUGUGCCAGCGACCGGAAUGCUGUCCAGUUCGGAAACUACAAGAAGUAGAGGAGGGUAGUUUGCUUGGAGAUGCAGAGCAAGAGAGGCAAAUUUCAAAACUACCAAACUAUUUGGAAUAAUUACAAUUUUCUUUAAUAAUUAUAUUCAUUUGAAUAGAAGAAAGUGAAUAAAAUAGACAGAAUGUGGCAAGCAAAGAACCUACAGUUCUUCAUUUGGAAGAAUGUUUGGUGCCUGCCAAAAUAAAAGAAAAAAUUUUUUUUUUGUUUUUUCCAUGGCACAAUGUUGAUGUCUUUAUUGUGAAGAUAACUAGUGAAAAAAUACAAACGCCACACGGGAUAAGGUUUAAAUUUAAGGUUUAAAUCAAUGUUCAUGAGUUUGUUGAAAUAUGGAAGAGUCCAUCUUGUCUUCAAAUUCUGCAAUUUACGGUGUAAUAAUUGGACAAUUGUACACGGUCCAUUUUGCAACAAACAAGACUGACAGAAACAUCAGAUGCUAAUUCAAGUUUAGAUGGUUCAUUCACACAUUUUCUUUGUACUUGGGGUUCACUUCACGGAGCAGCCUCCCCUCAGCAGUAAACAUCUUUUUUUUUUAUUGAUCUGACUGAACCUCCAGUCUUUUCUGUGUCAAGAGUCUCUCCUGUGCUUUUUAGGAAUAUUUCGCUGUCUGUAAGUAUUGGUUGUGCCCCAGUUAGAGCAACACACACAUCAGCUUUGCUUUGGUACAUUGAAGGUAUUGUGUACACAUAGUGCUGCAAACGAAAGUGGCUUUAAUGCAUUGUUUUGCACAGUUGUUUCUAUUGAGCUCUAUCUGCUUGGUAGUGCAAAAGCGCUUUGGCCAUAGAUAUGUUGCCCUGUCUCAGCUGUGUAAUCUGACAAGCUACUGCUGCAUGUGAAUAAAGACAUUUCUAACCUGCUGCAUUAAGCCAGAGAGCAACACCUGGGUUGAAUAUCAUACUGAAGAACCAAUAAGGAGGGGAACAUUUCAAAGAAUGAAUCAAACAACAUUUGGGUAUUAUUAUUAUUAUUAUUAAAGUAUAAUUGUGAUUAUUAUUCUAAUUGCUAUGCCUUGGACAUGAUGUCAUUGGGUCCUUGUUGGAUCUUAAAUUCGCCUUUUACACAUACUGGCUUGAACACAGGAAUUUAAAUCCAUAUUUUAUGUUAAAUGGUGCUAUAUGUAAUUUUUUCAGUGUAAACCAUCACAGAGUUUAACCAACAUUAUCAACAGAAUGCAAAUAAAUUAUGUCAAAGAUGUCUAUGUGCCAUUUUGCAGAGAUAGGUCUGUCAGUUUAAGUCAGUUACCCAUCCACCGAUCCCCCUCAUGUCUAUUUUGGACACACGGCUGACGUUGUUGUUCUCGUCUGAUUUUGGAUCAACAUUUGCAAUAAAAGUGACUGUUGUAAUUGUUAGAUUAGAUUCAUCUCAAGCACCCUCCCCUUCUCUCUUGAAUCACCAUUGCUCACUGUCAACACAAUUCAAGUUUAAGCUCCAAAUAUGCAUCACACACUUAUUACAUGCAUUUAAAGUAUAAAAUGUUUAUGUACUCACCACUAAUGUGUGAUAGAGUAAUAAUGUAAUGUAACAGAUUAAAUAUGAGUCACGGUUUUACCUUUAGCCUAGUCGUCAGGGUAGCACUAGAGGCUAGGAGGGUA